ACCGUGUGCAAGAAUCACGCACUGCACCGUGUUCGUUGUGUCGCGUACGCGAUUUGACAGCUCCGGCUGACAGAUUCGAUCGGAUGUCGAGAAAUCGGCGGGAAUGACGGUGAAAUCGGUAGCCGGCACGCCAGACGGAUCUGUGAAUUUUCAGCGUUACUCACCAGAUGAAGCACGGUGUUGACAACUUCCCGAUUCGACACCUGUCCCACUUCGAUCAGCCCGAUCAGCACGGCGAAUUUCAGGCUGUCGUUCAUCGCCAUCGCCACCACCUCCUCCGGCCGUUUAAUGUCACUGAACGGUGGACUUUUCAUGUCCGCCAUUACGACGGUGAUUUAACCUGACAACACGUUUCCCUCGCGAGGAGAAUACACGAUAGUUUGCGCAGUGACCGUCUUAUCAACGAGAGCUUUUCCCCGUCACAUGAUAAUACAACACAAAUUGAUCUGCCAUGUUACAAAGUAGACACUGUUAUGAGGAGCCUGCCAGUACGGCAACGCGAAACACCCUAGCGACGCGGCCGCAGUACCGACACUAACUGAGCCCUUAAAUUCCUACCCGAGCGGCGUGCGCCGCACGUGGUGGGGAAAUGGCGCGACUUACAAACUGCUCAAUACUCGUGCAAAUAUCGCACGCUGCUUUAUAGAUUUUAUGAUUGAAAAUAACACUUUGACUGCCAUAACCAGCAACGUCUAUACAAACACUACAGAUGCAUAGAUAAUACUAAAAUUCUUGUAGGAACGAACGUGUCAAUAACGACGACAGUCAUAUACGCGGAAACAGAAUAAAUUUUAAAAUGAUGCAACGAUAAAUUAUUUGUGAAGCCGCUGUUUGGUUUGUCGCUUGCAUACAAACGUCUGAACAAUGAUACUAUUGAUUUGUUUUCAAUAAUCUCGAUUGAUACCGAUAAAAUGUACAAAAAGUAUUGACACUUAUGUCGCGUGUUUGUAAUACCACUUUUAUGCAUGUCGAAAUUAUUCUAGAAACACAUCCGAUGUAUAUGUGUAUGUGUUUACUUUUACAAUAAACACUGUAGAUUUAAUGAAUUACGAUGUGUAUGUGUGCGGUGUACGGACAGGGAACUACGGCAUAGCAUGAGUAACGCACGCGUCACUAGCAGUAAAAAUGGCGUCGGCAGAUGUUGAACGUGCCAAGAUGGAAUCUACCAUACGUAAUUUAAAAUUGUCUGGUCAUGUUGGAUUCGACAGUCUUCCAGAUCAAUUGGUCAAUAAAUCUGUUCAAAAUGGAUUUGUAUUUAAUAUCCUAUGUAUUGGUGAAACUGGACUUGGAAAAUCCACUCUUAUGGAUUCCCUUUUCAACACAAGUUUUGAAUCUAUGCCAAGCCCGCAUAAUCUUCCUGCUGUGAAGCUCAAAGCACACACUUAUGAGUUGCAAGAGAGCAAUGUUAGAUUAAAGCUUACCAUUGUUGAUACAGUUGGUUAUGGAGACCAAAUUAAUAAAGAAGAUAGCUUUAAAGCUGUUGUUGAUUACAUAGAUGCUCAAUUUGAAGCAUAUUUGCAAGAAGAGUUGAAAAUAAAGAGGUCUUUGCCAACUUAUCACGACAGUCGUAUUCAUGUUUGUCUGUAUUUUAUUUGUCCAACAGGGCAUGGAUUAAAAUCAAUUGAUCUAGUCUGUAUGAAGAAACUUGACACAAAGGUGAAUAUUAUUCCAAUUAUUGCUAAAGCUGAUACAAUAUCAAAAACGGAAUUGCAGAAGUUUAAGACUAAAAUUAUAUCCGAAUUGCAAAAUAAUGGAGUUCAUAUCUAUCAAUUUCCUACGGACGAUGAAAGCGUUACAGAAAUAAAUACUAGUAUGAAUGCUCAUGUACCUUUCGCAGUAGUUGGGAGCACAGACUUUGUUCGAGUUGGAAACAAAAUGAUGCGUUCUCGUCAAUAUCCGUGGGGCACGGUACAAGUGGAGAACGAAUCUCAUUGUGACUUUGUUAAAUUGCGAGAAAUGUUAAUAAGAACAAAUAUGGAAGAUAUGAGAGAAAAGACACAUGGUCGUCAUUAUGAACUAUAUCGUAGAAAGCGGCUGGAACAGAUGGGAUUUAGCGAUGUUGAUAGUGAAAAUAAACCAGUUAGUUUCCAACAAACUUGCGAAGCAAAAAGAUCUAUCCACUUGCAAGAGCUCCAACAGAAGGAAGAUGAAAUGCGACAGAUGUUUGUAGCACGAGUGAAGGAAAAAGAGGCCGAGUUAAAGGAGGCAGAGAAAGAGCUGCACAACAAAUUCGAUAAAUUGAAAAAAGAUCACACAGAAGAAAAGAAAAAGUUGGAGGAAAGUAGGAAGAAGCUCGAGGACGAUAUUUUAGAAUUUAAUAGACGAAAAACUCAAUUCGCUCAACAACCUCAACAUCAUACAUUAACGCUAGGUAAAAGUAAGAAAAAAUAAAAAUUCAUCUGCCAUCGACGCUACAAUAAAUAAAUACAAUGUCUCACUUUAUACCUCUGCAUAUAUGAGUAUUAUGAGGAUCAUUGAGAUUAAAAUUAAAUUAUCAAACGUUCCCAAAAAAUAUAAUUUAUACUGCAUUUUUGUGUAUUACUUUAUCGUAGAUGUUAUCUUAUAUCAGACUGAUUAUCGUAACAAAAGUGAUGUUUACCAAAUUUACUUUUUGUAUCAAUACACGUGCACUUUAAGAAAAAUAAAAAUAUAUUUGUUACUUACAAAUAUAUCUGUUUUGCAAUCAAUUACACUUACUGCAUUUGUAAGAGAUUCAUAAUUAAAUAUUUUAUUGCUCAACAAAAUAUAACAAUUAACAGAAUAAUGUCGUACUUAAAUAAAACUAACGUUAUUAGCGGUAUAUAUUAUACAAUAUAUGAAAUACAAGAACUGAUUACGAGCUACCUUUACAGAAGCAUGUUUACUAACGUUAAGUAAAAAAAUGAAAUUAGGAUGUAUUAUAUAAUCAUAUCACAUUGCAAAUCGUUGAGAAAAGAAACAGAUUACCAUUUGUGAUGGUAUUAAAGAUGCCCAUCGUGCAUAGCGAUAUUUAUAAUUUAAUUAAUAAAUCUGAUAGGUACGAUGUUUCACUUUUCAAUAAAAAUAUUUGCAGGACCCGCAUGAUAUUAUACAAAUAAAUUUACAUCGUAAGCAACUGCGCGAAAUCAUUUUCAAUUGGAGAAUUUCAUUUUGACGAAGAAAGGGGGAAAAAAUACUUUAGAAUACUCUGCAUUUAAUUAAGCAGGUACUUACGUACAACUUAAUUGUACUGUAGAUAUACUUAUCGAUAGUAACGCAUAUUUCACGAUAAUAAUAUAAUAUGGCGGAUUCAUUUCAUUCGUGCAUAGCAGUAAUGACACUAAACGUACUCGCGAAAUAAAGCGUCGAGCACUGGAAUUGGGAUAGUUUGAAUAAUUGGUUAUAAUUUACAAAUGAAUACGUUUGUCGAAACGUACGAGUGAAAUAGAUUACACACUACUCAUCGAAUAAUAGUAAUUGACGAAACGUACAAAUACGCUAUGGUACAAAAUCAAUCUGGACGUGAGAAAAUUGAUUUACGAGUCUCUAGAGAAAUGAAAAGCUCUGAAUGACAAUGUUAAUAGCCUCAACGUGCCGACAUUGCUCGUCGUAUAUUUCUUUGCUUUGGUAUUCCCUUGCACACUGUGUCCUUGCAUUUCUGUGAACCGAAUAAACACACGUCGUCUUAAUCUUGUAAUGUCGUCGCUACAAUAUAUAUCCUUUGUGUUACCCCUUAUCCUACGUAUUUAUUAUAAAAGUACAAAACAUAUAUUAUGGCAGUUAUCGGUGAAGCAUUCUGCGUGUUAGCCGAUUUCAUUAUGUAUCGGUUAUGUGCCAAAGUGUACGAAUUAUCACCAGGGUCGGUAAGAUAUAAGAAUAAUAUAGUAUAAAAAGAUAAAUUUCUCGAUCAUGAGAAGAGAUUCAAUGAUACUUCUCGAACGUGACGUAUGAUAAUACGUGAUAACUAUCCGUCAAUCGUGUCAAUCUUCUAUAAUCGAUCUAACAACGAAUGAUCCAAUAUUUCAAGCGUACCGAUUAACCGAUAUAACCGACCCUGUUUAUUUAUUACAUAUUACUAUGUGCCUUGUAUUGCUUAUCGCGAGAGAUAUUUAAGUGCACUACGAGAUUCACCCCUGCGGGCCGCAGCAAUGACCAAGUAUAAAUAAUUAGUAAUUAUCGCGUAUUCGUAUUCUUCUCGAAAUACAUAGUAAUCCCCCGCAAAAUCGUCUGGCAAAACGAUUACCUAUCCACCUUUAAAUGAUUUGCAUUUCUACGAAAAAAGACGGAGUCGUUCGAUCGGCAAGUUGAAUUUGCUCGCACAUGUAGUUCUAUUUUAGCCCGACGAAGAACAUGUUUUACCUGAGUCGUUAAUUGCACUUUCUCCUUUUAAUUACACGCACAACUUCGAAGCUAAGGCAGCGUUCGUUCGAAUGAAAUCGCGGAAUGAUAGACUGUGUGUCGGUCGAUAUCUUCAAUGUAAACGACAUUAGCCGAGAUAUAAGCCAUUAUUCGCCCGUGGUCAUUUCGCCACGCGCGUACGUGUAUGCAUACGUGUACCAUUACGAACUUUGGUCAUUGCGGUCUUACGACUACCUCUACCAGGUGCAUUGCCCUUUCGUCUAUCUUUGUUAGACAACUUCCAAAUCAAGCGUUAAUGUGCCUGUUAUCCGUGGAAUGUGUGACACCCGACUGUCUACAGUUGAACAGUCGAGACCAAUGGGACGUGCUUGCACUUUCAAAUAAAUAUGAAUCGCACUCU